CUUUCACUGUUUCAUUAUACGAAUAUCCGGCAACAAUACCUACACUUUGGGAUGCUGUUAAAGAAUUUAUUACAAUCGCUAAUUUGAAUUUGUGGAGAAGUGAAGCAUAUCUGAAAUUUUUUGAUUUUCUUGAUAAGAAGGGUGGAUUUUUUUAUGAGCGAUGGGGAGAUGCACCCGUUCACUCAAUAGCAGCAGCACUUUUUUUAAAAAAACAUCAAGUACAUUUUUUUAAUGAAAUCGGAUAUAAACACGAUCCUUUCAUUCAUUGUCCUACUGAAGAAAAUUUGCGAUUAAAAUGUCACUGCGAUCCUGAUUUAGAACCAUAUAGUUGCACUGGAAG